AGCGCCCGGUAGCUGCGCGCUAACUCCGCUAGGACUCCUUCCCCCGCUUCCCCCACUGCGGGGCUCAGACAUUUCCCUCCAAGUCCGGGGUCAUUAAGGGGUGUUUUUUUUGGGGGGGGCUGCCUCUCCCCACCCCGUUCGGUGCCUGCGCGCGGGUGAAGUGAAGCUUCUCUGCUCGAGGGAUGGUGCGCGGAGGAGACAUAUGGAGGUGGACAGCGAGGUUGGGCGGGGCUGGGCAGGAACCCUGGGGCGGAAGGUUGUUUUUUUUGGGGGGGGGGCUUCUCACUAGGACCAUGCUGGUUGGGGUCUCCAUUACCCCACAGGGAUGCGAACUGGGAGCGUGGCCUGGGCAGAGAAGCCCCAGUGCCGGGCCCAAGCGCCUCACCCCUCGAGGGAGCUCCGGGGCGCGCUGCUGCUGCUGCUGCUGCUGCUCGCCUAUCUCGGGGCGCGAGGCUUUCUUGUGGAUGGGGACUUGCCGCUGCCGCUGCUCCCCGGCCAGCGAGGGCUCUCGCGCUGCGCCUUCAGCCACAUCCGCCUGGCGUGAUGGUGGACCCUUCAUCCGGCUUGGGGGGGGGGUCUCCUUUCCUUGGAGAAUGGGAAGAGCAGCUGUGGGGCAAGCGACGGGGAUGGAGGCCGUGGGGUUGCCCAGGCUUUGCUCGGAGCUGGAUGCGAAGAAGGGAAACUCUGGCGGGUUCCCUUUGGGCCCCGGGACGGCGCCUCGUUCCGGCGCACCGUGUGGCUUGGCGGAUCCAGAAGAAGAACCCGCCGCAGUUUCCCCAAGGCUGUGAUCGUGGGAGUGAGCCCUGUUGAAGUACACGUGGAUAAGGCUUAUCUGAUGUGUUGAAAACAAUGGCUAUUCUUUUGAACCCCACUCUUAAGUCGAAUUUUUACACGAAAGGUUUAACCAGGCUUUGUUCUGAGGAUCUCCUGCAUAGCACCGCAAAGGGGGAAUGUUAGUCAAAACCAGGAGGAGAAAUGUGAUCCAUUCCUUGGGGAAGGGGUAAUUCCAUAUUGGCUGGUGGCCUGGCUUGUUUCUGCCCACGGCUGUAUUUUGUAUGCUUGAUUAUAGAUGGGUGUGAUGUGGUUUUCAUUGUAUUUGCUAAAUUGCUUAAAUUACUAGGUUUGUUGCUGUACUGCGUGAACUGCUUUCAAUUAUAUUUGAAGAGUGGGAUAUAAAUAAAAUUAUCAUUGUUUAUUAUCCUUAUCCAAGCAGCCUAUUAUAAGUUGCCCCCAAAUCUACUAAUACAAAGCAGCAGAAAAAAAUUGGCCAUUCCUCCAUGAUAUUUAUAUUAUAUUCUGCUGAUGCUUUUGUUUAUUUUUAAAAACUUUACUAUAGCUAGUAGUAGAAAAAAGCGCUUACAGGCAAAAGGUUGUUCUUCAGUUGCGUAAAUCAUCGCAGCGACCUGGAUAGCGGUGCAAACAGUUCCUGUGUUAUGUGCUCUCCCCAACCCCCUUUACAUCUACUGAGAUGAUGAUACAAACAUUGGGUGGCGCUGUGGGUUAAACCACAGAGCCUAGGGCUUGCUGAUCAGAAGGUUGGUGGUUCGAAUCCUGCGAUGGGGUGAGCUCCCAUUGCUCGGUCCCAGCUCCUGCCAACCUAGCAGUUCGAAAGCACGUCAAAGUGCAAGUAGAUAAAUACAUACCGCUACAGCGGGAAGGUAAACGGCGUUUCCAUGUGCUGCUCUGGUUUGCCAGAAGCGGCAUGCUGGCCACAUGACCUGGAAGCUGUACGCUGUUUCCCUCGGCCAAUAAUGCGAGAUGAGCGCCACAACCCCAGAGUUGGUCAUGACUGGACCUAAUGGUCAGGGGUCCCUGAUACCUUUAUAAAACUAGAAACUCAGUCCAGAUUAGAAAAAGCAAAUCUUUUUAUGACAUUUUAGUAUUUGCAUGGGGAUAGCUAAACUCUCAAAGCUGUCGGCUAAGGCCCCUGGUGAGGAGUCAGAAGGUAGAUAUGAUCUCUCUUAUUGCACUGGGCAAAUCAGUUCUUAGUGCUUUAGUUUCUUCUCCACACACCCUACUUAUUCCCACAAAGCAGGGGGCAGCAGAACAUUUACUUGUCAUCAAUCUGAUCGGGCUAUUUGCUGAGAGAACUUCUGUAGUAUCCAAUUCUAGACAGGUCCUGUUCAGGACAUUUUGCCUGCCCAAGAGGCUGCAGCACACACAAAUCCAGGACUCUUGGUACGUUGGAAGAUUUGGGGUACAGUGACCAAUGCCGCUUAAUGCACUCUGAUGUAUUACAGUGAGAUGGAGAACCCUGCAGAUGUUCUGCAGCUGCACCCCAGCUCCAUCAGCCCUGACCAUUGUCCAUGUUGACCGCAACCUCCGGAUGGUGGAAGAUUCCCCACCCCUCUCUUAGACCCUAACAUCACUAUCCAUUUAAAGCAGCACAACAGUCCCUGAAAGAACCCUGUGAACUAUAUUGUAGUUUGUUAAGGGUGCUCAGCGUUGUUGGGGGACCCCGUUCCCCUCUGCUGCGAUCUGCAGCGAUCCCUGGGAAGAGGGAUUGAUUGUCAAGCCACUGUGUAGAAAUUGUAGCUCUGUGGGGGAAAUAGGGGUCUCCUAACAAUUCUCCUUGACAGGAUUCUUUGGGGGAGCCCAUGAUGCUUUAAAAGUACAGUGCAGGUGAGAGGAUUCUGAGGGACAGCACCUUGUGGUCUCUUCCAACUCUAAGAUACUAUUCUAUUCUAUUCUAUUCUAUUCUAUUCUAUUCUAUUCUAUUCUAUUCUAUUCUAUUCUAUUCUAUUCUAUUCUAUUCUAUUCUAUUCUAUUCUUGAGCUGCAUGCCAACAUGAGUGGCUGCUUAGACAGCUGGGUCAGUCCUGAUCCUACAAACAUAGGAGCCAACUCCAAGGGGCCAAUGUCCCUUCAGCCCACCCAAUGAAAUACUUGAGGGGCUGUGCCCCCAAGGUUGAUGGGCGUUGCCAUUCAAAUGGUGUGUGUGUACACUGUAUUAAUUAUGUGGGGUGGGGCUUAUUUACUCAAGUUGGCACCCUUGCUUGCAAAUGAUGGUGUUUGAAGAGAAGGCCCCUUAUUAUUUAUGUGUGGUGACAGCAGGGAAGAAACAAACUCUCUGCUCACUUGUUUUAUUCCCUCUAACUGUGAGGCUUAGUCAUGGCUCUGUUUGUGACAAGAUAAGCAAGUGGUUUUGAGAAUUCUGCCUUUCAUGGACUGUGUUGGAUCAGACACAGGCCAUUGCAGCUGAGCCUGCAAACUCUGCCCAAGAAAACCUUGCAUGACACUGCAGGGGCUUCUAGACGCAGUCUGACAGUAGUCUGCUUUGCUGCUGAAGAAUCUCUGAGGUCUUUUUUAACUAUAUGGUGGGGCUCAGAUACUUAUUUAUUUAUAUUUAUUAAACUGAUAUCCUGCCCUUCCAGGCCAGGACAGCAAGGGACACCAAUACACCAAAACCAGCACCUUAACCUCAGCCCAGGAGCUAAUUGGCAGCCAGUGCAAUUCUUUCAACAGUGGGGUGACCUGUUGGCAAUAUUCUGCCAGCUGCAGCUUCUGGACCCACCUCAAGGGCAGCAGCACAAAGAGUGCAUUGCAGUAACUAAAUAAUAUGACCCCGGGGAGUUGGAAUGGGUGUGUAUGUAUGUGUAUGUGUGGCUGUAAUUGUGUUUUUAUUCUGUUUUUUAUGGGAUGGCAUUCAAUUUCAUUACACUAUGUACAAUGACAAUAAAGUACCUAUUCUAUUCUAUUCUAUUCUAAUCCAGCCUGGAUGUUACCAGCGCAUGGAUGACAGCUGUCAGGCUAUACCAAUCCAGAAACAAACCAAUCUGUCCUGCUAGCUGGAGCUGGGAGUUAAAGUGCACCCAGCCACCUUGGGCCUCUAGCAACAAAGAUGAGCCCAUGAGCCACUACAAACUUGCUCUUUGGGGAAAGUACAGCAGGCAAUUGACCAAUGAUCUAGGUUUGUGAACCACCCACUUGCAGAGCCUCUGUCUUGCCAGGAUUCAGAUUUUUUGGCUCACCACAGAGUCUAGGCAUCAGCCCAGGAUUUUCAAGGCCUCUCCUUUUUCGGAUGUUACAGAGAGAGGUGUCCUCAGCCAGCAUACAGGCAUGCUUAAGUAUAAAAGUAUGUCCUGAGUUCCAGCAGUUUUGAAAGCUAAUGUUUAUUGAGCUAAUGUUUGUAAUUAGGUCUUCUUCUUAUUUUAUUUAUUUUUUAUUUAUUAGAUUUAUAUACCGCCCUUCAUCAAAGGAUCUCUGGAUAAAUGCACAAAUAAAUAGUUAAAAUAAAAAGAACAAAAUGAUGACCAUCACCCUACAAACGCAUUGAAAAGGCUGUAGAAAAUUAAUCAUCCAAAGGCCUGGUUGAAGAGGAACGCUCCCCCUGGCAUCUAAAGAUAUAUCUAAAGAUAUAGCCAGAUGAACCUCCUUGGGGAGAGCUUUCCACAGAUGGGGAGCCACUGCAGAAAGGGCCUCAUUCUCAUAUUGCCGGUGUCUGGACCUCACAUGGAGGGGACACACAAAUGAGGGUCUCUUUGGGUCCACCAUAUAUGGUGAGAGAAUGACACUAGGAGAAAUCCUUUUCAUUUGUUACUUUUUUGAUUUAUUAAUUAUUAUGAUUUGCCAUUCAUAAAUUAUAUUUACCUGGCAAGAAAAACAUAUGUAUCUUGGAGCUGGGGAGAAGACUGGUUAUCUGCUAGUGCAAUAUUUGUGGAGAAAGAAAUCUGCAAGGGGCCAUAAUUUGAAGAAGAGGAAAAGCAGGUGGUGGGAGGAAUAGGCAGGUAUGUGUCACAGAUACACACCCCUGUGGCAUCUCCGCUCAGGGCCCCCUUUUAAAGAUAAAAGGCAUUGGGGUUUUCUUACAUACUAUUGUGUCUGAUGUGUAGUCUUCUCUCCAAACCAUGCUGGCUAGAACAACGUGAACAAAAGGAUGUAGGUUUUAUCUAGCAAUCAACUUUUCCAGAUUCUGCCAUCUUUUCCAGUGUCUGCCAUCACUGCACACAAAUAUUGAUUUUUAUUUGUGCAGGGGUUUUAAAAGUCUAGCAUUUUUAUUUGUGGAGCCUGUUUUCCAGGAUUACUAAAUGCAGCACAACAGUAUUGCAAAUUUGAUUUUUUUUUCAGACGUCAGGGAGGUGUUUUUUUGUUUUUGUUUUGAUCAAUAGGACAAUGAUGCUGUUUACUUCCUGCCUGUGAGAAUGUUAUAGCCCAAAUGUGGCGGCUUUCAAGAAUACUUCUCAAGUGCAAGUAGAUUGCAUGCAUCUGUGAACUGGAAUGUUUGAGCUAUACAGACGCCAUGUGGCUCCACCAGCUCUUGAGUGACGCCUAUUCUACAGUGGUGCUGUUAGCCCCCAGGCUAACAAUUUAUUGGAAUACAUUUAUUUAUUAACAUUUAACUUGGAUUCCAGCAAGUAGUAACCAGUAAUUUAGCUGCAGUUUACUGCUUUCUAAUUUUAAUAUGCUUUCAUUUCAUCACAUUCAUGCUAAUGCCUACCAGUCCUAGCUCUCUGUGAAGUCCCUGGUGUGUUCAGCUUACUAGCCAUGACAGAAGUUGUUCCUGGGCUUAGCACUCUUUCUCUUCUUCUCCGGUUUCUUUCUUUUUAGCAUCCAGCCAGCAUGUCUGAUUUCUCAGCUCUGGCUUGCCCUGUGUCAAUAUGCCUGCUUCCCCACUGCUUUCAAGAGGAGGAGAGGAGACUCCCAACUAUAACUAGGAUACACUUCUAUUUCCAUACUUUUCCCUUAGUCUGAGCUGAGGUCUGCCCUAGUUUUACACUGAUGAAGAAAUGUAAUUGCUUCAGUUUCCAAUUUGUAGAUGGAAACUAAAACACAGAGUUAAAUUCCUUGCCGUCACAGGUAGUGAGUCUUGACAUAAUUAUUCUGAAGCUGACAGUACAAUGGGCAAAAUGCAUCUGUAUUGUGAGGCUGAUAGUGGGGUUGGUUUUAGUCUUAGAUUUUGCUCCCGGUCAGUAUGCUGCUUGAAAAGUGCAGUAAAUGCUACCGGUAUUUCACUGUUGCGGGACUGCAAGAUUUCAGAUGGGGGAGUUGCAAGGACAAUGCGCUGAUAGUUUGGCAUGUGACCUGUGAACAUGGCCCUGUAGGAUAAAGGGUAAUUGAUUAUCAAUCAUAUUGCAUGUAACCAUUUUUCCUGCCCCCAUACAACAGCGUGACUGUUUGGACAUCUUGGCCCUUUACAGCCAUGACUGCCCUGAAGAGGAAACACAAGUAGCAAGAGGCCUGCCUGCUGCAAGUCCUUUAGUCCUGGCGCUGUCAUUGCUCUGACAUUCAGCUGCUACAUUUGAAACAGGAAGCCUCCUGCACUCGUGGAUGCUCCCCAUGAGCUCUGAUCUUCCAGGCAGUGUUCAAAAUGAGCCAGGCGCAUUUUGCGACUGGCACUGGUCCAAUUGCGACCAUGUGGAGAUCUCUGGAUGCUAGCUUGGCGACUGGCAUCUCCACCCAGUGCCCCCUCUAGCUUUCUUAAGCAGGUAAGCAGAAGAGCUCAAUUAUUGCAUUCAUAUCCCGCCUUUUUCUCCAGGGAAUACAUGGACCACUCACUUUCUCAGUUAAUCCCUACAACAACCCUGUGAGGUAGGUUAGCAGGCUGUGACUGGCCCAAGGUCAUUCAGUGAGCUUCAUGACUGAGGGGGGAUUUGAACCCUGAUCUCCCAGGUCCAAGUCUGACACUAAUAAUCACAACACCACACUGGCUCCCUAGAGUCAUUCUGCUAAGGGGCAGCUCUAUAAAUUAAGUAGGUAAAUAAAUAUGGGAAAAGCAAAACAUCACUUAGAGAAAGAUCUGAAAUAUUUUCCUUGAAGCUUGCAUUUGUUUUAAGCUGGAUUGUUUUGUUUGAUGUUUCAAUGUGCCAUAAACUGCUUUGAGAUUAUUCUUUAAAAUAUAAAGCUGUGUAGAAAUGAAAUGAAUUUUUUUGCAAUAAUAAUAAAUUUCAUUGCAAAAAAUGGCACCUAGACAUUACAUUGUGGCAUUGUGGUAACCUAGCUUUAAGGUGCCAUUUGGCAAUUAGUUCAUAUAUCUCAGUUGCUAAUGCUGGUGGAAGUUAAAACUGCAUAUUUCUCACGCAUGUCUGACUUUCAAAUACAGGAAAUGCUGGUAGUAAUGUCAACAGUGUUUUUGUACAGUGUUGCAAAUGGUGUCCCUAUGCCAUCUUUAAAAUCCCUUCAGCAUUUUGUGAAGCAGGAAUUAUGUACAGGUGAAACUCGGGAAAUUUGAAUAUCGUCGAAAAGUGCAUUUAUUUCAGUAACACAAUUUAAAAGGUGAAACCAAUAUAUGAGAGAUGCAUGACAUGUCAAGCCUUUAUUUGUUGUAAUUGUAAUUAUUUGUCGUUAGGCGGGUCAAUUAUAAAUGGAAUGUAAUUAAUGAAAUGUAAUAGCGAUGUUUAUUUUUGUAUUAUUGUAACUAUUUGUUUUAUUACUGUGGAAUUUCCAAAAGAAAGCAUUUGUAAAAAUUAAAAUAAAAAUAAAAAAUAAAAAGUUUCAUUACUGAAAUAAAUGCACUUUUCGGUGAUAUUCUAAUUUUCUGAGUUUCACCUGUAUUACCCAGACAUGAAAUCUGCAAUCACAAAUGGUGACCUGUAGUUAAGAGAUUCCAUUUGGUUUUUGUGUUAUGCCCUAAAUCCAAAAGCAACUAGAACGAAGUUUCAGAAUAGCUUUUGGAUCUUUGCUUAGCUUUCUGAGACUGAUCAGUUGGGAGGGAGGCUUAGAGCCACAAGUUCCCCCAUCUCCUGGACUCAGAUGCUCAUUUUUAGUGACUUUCCAUAGCCUUAAGUGAUCAUCUAUGUCAAGUUUUAUGAGAUAAAGUCAAGUAUGCAACUACAACAGCAAAUAGUAUUAAGUCAUCAUGCUGAAAGGAAGUAAUAAGGAAAAGAUAGCUGUCAUUCUUCUGGCAAUAACAGUGUAAGUGUAGCUCAUUUUGUUGGGCAUAAAGUUUCAAUCCCUGAAUAAAAAAUAUAUUGCUUGAUUCCAUUCGUUCUCCAAACACCGGAGUCUUUUGCAGGAUCUUAAUUUUCUGCAGCACAUAAUUAUUAUGCAUAAUUUAAUCAGAUUUCAUCAAUAGACAUGUUCUGCAUAUCAGUGUUGGGAGAUCAAAGGCAGUGGUGGUGGAGUUGGAACCCACCUGUCUCUGAGAUCAGCCCUCCGUAAUAAUGCCACAGAAAUCUAGAAACCAGUAAUUCAUCUAUGGAUUGAUUUUUUUCCUAGAUUAAAUCCGUGCAGCUGAAUUAACUGAAAUGAAACUAAAUGUGUUCAAAUACUCCAGUAAAGUGUUUUGCACAGGAUUAGAACAUUGAUUGUAAGUUACUUUAUAUUUAAGAGGUUACCAACCAUGUUUGGAAUAGCAACUGCAGCACCUGAGCCUCCGAGAGCACACCUCUUUGCCAAAUAAAAUGAGCAGAGAAGUGUCGGAAGCAGAACAUUUUAAAGUAGCUUCUUCGGGCUUCUAGAACGGUGGCAGUUUUGGGGGGUGGGUGUGAAUCUAGCAUUGCAGGCUGUCUUAUCUGCUUCAGCUACCUUAACAGAAUUGUAGGGAAACACAAUAUGUAUGAUGAUGAAAGAAUCCAUCUAUUGCUUCUAACUUAUUUUAAUUUGUUAUAGCAGGGGUUCCCAACAAAAUUUUCUCGAGGACCCCUCAUCGAGCCGCUAUUGUGACAAGGACCCCCAUUAAUUGACAUACUUGCUUGAACAUCAAAUGCAUUAUCUUCCUCUUCAUCUGUAGGCCUUUGUCGUUUUAACGAACCACUUUUUAACCAACGGUCCAUUUUUAACUACGCGAACUGUAGCUUCCGCGAAAAACAACGCUUUGUUUACAAACACUACUGUUUUGCAAAGAGGCAGUGCGCACCAGGGAGGAGAGAGGGGAAUGGAGAAGACAGGGUACCUGCGCAGUAGCGCACAAAUGAAGCCGACGCGUGCAAAGCAUCUUGGGGAGGUGAGCGUUUAGAAUGCGCGCGCUGCCUCUUUGCAAAACAGUAGUGUUUGUAAAGCGCCACCUAACGGCAUACAGCAGAACUACUGCCUCUAUCUAAUUCUAGUUUUGCGCUAGACUCUGCUCAUGCAGGAAGCGGCCAAAACAAAAAAUCUGUUAUCAUACGAAAUAUAUUUAAUAUAUUUUUUAUUCUAAUAGCAUCUUGCGGACCCCUCUGGCAUAGCUCCGCGGACCACCUGUUGGGAACCACUGUGUUAUAGUUCUUAAAAAUGUCACACCAUUCGAGAUGUGUUUUCUGCCCUGGGCCACUUCCUGCACUUUGUGAAGUACAUUGCCAUCUGUGGAAGUCAUCAAAGUGUUCUGCCGUGUGCUAGACACCUAAGCCAUUUUGCAGGUGAAAUACUCUAGGAUAGGGAUUUGUAACUAAAUCCUGUGUAAUCCAGUUAGCAGAGCUGCCCUCUAGUGCAGUGUAAUCUCUUAUUCUGCAACUAGGAGGGGAAACAUGAUUUCCACAACUCUUCACUGCUUUCCAAAUCUGCCCUGAGGAGAGAGAACCAUUUCCCAAAAGAUAUGCACAUGAAUCAGCCAAAGUUAGUCAUGACCAAGACCCACUGGGAGCAGCGAGAGUUACGCGGUCACAAGUCAACCAAAUAACUCUGCUUCCAGUGGGAUUUAAUCAUGGGUGAAAGUUGCUGGGUGGUGGCAUGAUAUUGUGAGCAUUUGUUUUUUUUAAAAAAAGGUACCAGGGCCGUCCUCUUUUCUUUCUUUUUUAAAAUGGCUAUUGCUGCCCUUCCUCCUCCACUCUUUGUGGUAGCAGGACAUGCUCUCGGUUCUCCCUUGUUUGCCAAGUUCUGCUUGCACUUGAUUUUGAUUUUCACAAAUUUGGGGCUGCUAGCAGAUUUCAUUAGAAGUCUGAGGGGCUGCCCAGGUUGGCAACAUCUUGAGAGGAUGGGUUAAGGCAGGGUUCCCCAAACUUAGGUGUCUAGCUGUUCUUGAACUACAACGCCUAUCAUCCCUGGCUAGCAGGACCAGUGGUCAGGGAUGAUGGGAAUUGUAGUGUAAAAACAGCUGGAGACCCAAGGCUGGGAAAGUCUGGGUUAAGGAAUAGUGACAGCAAGCCUCUGUGUGGCAUGUUUAGGAAGGCAGGGAGGCCUGGGGACUGUGGUUGGCCUGGGGGUGUGCUGAGAGCGGCCACCCUGUUUCUGUAGCCUGCUAUGGGUAGGAAAAAUGGUGAUGCAGUGAGACUGUGGCAACCCUCCAUCCUUGCCAAGGCAAUCUGGAUAACAAUUCCAGAGCCCUGCGGGAUCAGAGCAAAGGUCUAUCUAAUCCAGGGUCUUCUUUCUUACAGUGACCGACUGCAGUCAACCAGGUGUUCACAGAGGAGAUGGUGGGGCAGCAAACCAACAUUGGAUUUGUCUCAAGUUGUAAAAAAAAACAACACCCCCCAAAACAAAUAGCACCCAAACGCACUGGUAGCUUAAAGCUUCUGAAGAAAAAUGGCACAACUCUUGUAGAGAAGAUGGCCCACUAGAUUCUCAGGGAAGGGCACAAAUCUCAAGAUGGCGGCUCAGAGGAUUCGUGCUGCCAAUGCCAGUGUGCUCCCACGGUGCAGAUCUGAGGGGACCCUGAUUGACCUGAGUGAAGAAUUUUCUGAAACCAGCUUCAGUUCCGUCAAAGUGCCUUCUCCUAGUGCCUUGAUGAUAGACAAUCCUACGUCAUUUGGAAAUGCAAAGGAAGUUGUUGCAAUUAAAGACUACUGCCCCAACAAUUUCACCACCUUGAAGUUCUCCAAGGGUGACCACCUUUAUGUCUUAGAUACCUCAGGAGGUGAGUGGUGGUAUGCUCAUAAUACCACAGAGAUGGGCUAUAUCCCAUCCUCCUACGUUCAGCCUGUAAACUACCGGAACUCUUCAUUAACGGACAGUGGAAUGAUAGACAAUCUGCUUGAAAGCUCUGAUGAGGGAGCCAAAGAGCUUGACCUGCUUGGAGACUGGACAGAUUUAAACCUGAACUUAGCCAAAAACAACCCUUUUAUGAAUAACAUGCAGACUAACCCUUUUCUGAAUGGGAAUUUGCAGAUAAUGCCUGAUAGGAACAAGGAUUGCUCCCACCAAACCACUGUGGAUUUGUUGCUGUUUGACACAGGGGUGCCCACCUUUACAGGGUCAAGUUCUGCAACUGACAGCAGUCUAGGUAACCAUCUUGAGGAGGGUCCAUCAAUGAAUGGAUUUGAGUUUGAGCAGCCAAGCAGGCGGGACAAUCCUUUUUUCAGAAGCAAGCGCUCCUACAGUUUAUCAGAGCUCUCCGUACUCCAGGCAAAGUCAGAAAACCCAGAAUCCUCAGGCUUCUUCACAGGGUUGAAAUCUCCUACCCCAGAGGAAUUCCAGAGCAGAGAAGACUUCAGAGCUGCAUGGCUGAACCAUCGGAAAUUAGCAAGGUCUUGCCAUGACCUGGAUCUCUUGGGCCAGAACCCUGGUUGGGGUCAGACGCAACCUGUGGAGACAAACAUAGUUUGCAAGCUAGAUAGUUCUGGGGGAGCAGUCCAGCUUCCAGAUACAAAUAUUAACAUGCGUCUUCCUGAAGGGCAUGUGGGGGUUGGUGAUACUCAACAAAUCUCCAUGAAGGCUCUUUUGGAUCCUCCUCUUGAGCUCAACAGUGACAAGUGCAGCACCAUAAGCCCCGUGCUAGAGAUUAAGCUGAGCAACAUGGAGACCAGAACCUCCAUCUUGUUGGAGAUGAAAAUUUCAGCGGAAGUGAAGAAUGACCCAGUGAGCAAGAGUUUGGUGGGAGUUCAGUGCCUGCGCAGCGACAUGAAGGAAGGUCCAUACACACCGGUGCAACUCGGCUGUUGCUAUGGAGACACCGUCCAGGUUCAGCUGGAAAACCUGGAGCCUUGCAUGUACAUAGCAGUUGUGGCCCAGGGACAGAACAUUCUAUAUCCUUACACUGUCUGGGAUUACAUUAGUAAAAAAAUCACAGUUGGAGUCUAUGGCCCAAAGCACAUACACCCUUCUUUUAAAACGGUGGUGGCCAUCUUUGGACAUGAUUGUGCCCCCAAGACUCUGUUGGUGAAUGAAGUUACACGCCAUGCGCAUUGUACGUCGGCGGUGGCGCUGCAGUUGUGGGGGAAGCACCAGUUCACCUUAGCGAGGCCACAAGACCUAAAGCUGUGCAUGUUUUCAAACAUGACCAACUAUGAGGUAAGAGCCAGCGAACAGGCAAAAAUAGUGAGGGGCUUCCAGAUGAAGUUGGGCAAAGUCAGCCGCCUCAUUUUCCCCAUCAUGUCACAUGAUCCCAACGAGCUGUACGACUUCACCCUGAGAAUACAAGUCAAGGAUGCCAAGGAUGCCAUAUUGACUCAGUUCUGUGUUCAGACACCGCAGCCGCCUCCCAAAAGUGCUAUCAGGUCAGCUGGGCAGCGAAGGUUCCUGAAGAAAAAUGAAGUGGGGAAAAUCAUCCUGUCUCCUCUUGCAACCACCAGCAAAUACCCUGUCUUCCAGGAUCGGAUAGUGGCAAGCUUAAAAUAUGGGAAACUACUGAAAACUGUAGUGCGGCAAAACAAAAACCAUUAUCUCUUGGAAUAUAAGAAAGGGGAUGCCAUAGCCUUGCUAAGUGAGGAGAAAAUCAAGUUGAAAGGUCAACUCUGGACAAAGGAAUGGUACAUUGGUUACUAUCAGGGUAAAAUUGGCCUUGUCCAUACCAAAAAUGUUUUAGUUAUUGGGAAAGCCAAGCCGAAUUUUUUCUCUGGGCCUGAGCUCACCACUAGUAUGUUGCUGGAGCAAAUACUGCGGCCUUGUAAGUUUCUCACCUAUAUCUAUGCUUCAGUAAGGACUUUGCUCAUGGAAAACAUUAGCAGCUGGCGUGCAUUUGCAGAUGCUCUGGGAUACGGCAACUUGCCACUUGUUUUCUUCUGUCGAGCAGAGCUAGACAGUGAGCCAGAAUGUGUGGCUUCUGUGUUGGAGAAAUUGAAAGAAGACUGUAAUAAUUCCGACAGUAAGGAUAGGAAAUCUUUCCAGAAGGAACUGAUGUCAGCCUUGCUGAAAAUGGACUGCCAGGGCUUGGUUGUGAGGCUAAUUCAGGAUUUUGUGCUUUUGACUACGGCGGUGGAAGUAGCCCAGCGCUGGAGAGAGCUUGCUGAGAAACUGGCCAAGGUCUCCAAGCAACAGAUGGAUGCUUAUGAAGCCCCCCAUCGAGACAAGAAUGGAGCUGUAGAUAGUGAGGCAAUGUGGAAACCAGCAUAUGACUUUAUGCUCACAUGGAGCAAUCAGAUGGGAGACAGUUAUCGCGAUGUGACACAAGAGCUGCACAUUGGCCUUGACAAGAUGAAAAAUCCCAUCACAAAACGCUGGAAGCAUCUCACUGGAACACUAAUUUUAGUCAACUCCCUGGAGAUUUUGAGGGCAUCUGCCUUCAGCCCACAAGACCAUGAUGAUUAUGCGAUAUGAAGGGGAGCCCAAACUUCUCGAUGCUUCUUACUUUUAUGUUUUUAACUGAAACACAGUGGGAAGACACUUCUGCAAAGCCAAAGUUUUGAGCAAUAGUUUCUGUGCUCAGACUGCAAACUUCUUACUGUUGCCUCUCCCUGGUGCAGAAGACACUCAAGACUAUUGUUUUCUAUGCUCUGUGGUUGGCAGCUUUUCUUAAUUUGUAACAUUUAAAAUGGAACUUUUUUAGGCAUUCGCAGAUAUCAGCCUUGAAAGUUGAAAUUACUUCGGAGAGCUACCAUUUCUGUGUAACAGGAAACACAUUCUUGUCCCCUUUAAAACUAUCAUUCCUCAAUGAGUCAUUGAUAUGCAUUAAAGUGAAGCACAGUCAGGCACCUUGCAAGCAUUUGCAAUUUCUAAUGUGCCGCUCUGAAAACAGUUUAUACAUUAGUGUGUUCCCCCCCCCCCCAAUCCAGUGAUCCUGUCGGUUUUAUAACGACGCUCCAUGGUUCGCUUUUAUGUACACCUUUUUGUAAGGAAGAAAAAGCACACUUCCUUCCCCCACCUCCACUGAAGUGAUUUUGUUACCUAUAAUUUAGGACUAUGUGCUAGUGCCCAAGCUGCUUCAGAUCCAUGAUUAGAAAUAACUAGAAACAAUUUCAGAUUAUAGGACUGAUCCUUCCCCUUUCACAUUUUAGAAAAUUGUAAUGGAUACCAUUUAUUGUCAAAUAGCAUUUCACAGGUUCAUCCUAUAACAGUAGAGUCUUGACCAGUGUCACCAGAAGUUUACAUUGUAUUAUUUUAAAUGCAGAAACCAGUAUUCGAUAGUGGUUCUUAAGUGUGCCAUUGUUUAAGCUGAAGUUUUAGGAUUAGUUCUUUCGAGGGUCAUUGCCCUGUGUCUCGAGGCUGCACCACUUGAAACUCACAUGACUGAAUGUGUCUCUAUUCCACACAUUCGCUGGAUGCAAAAAACUGGCUCCACAAGGGGAAGCCUAUAGUCCGUUCCCCCUCCCCAUAACAAUGGUUCUUGAGCUCCAUCAGCCUUAGUGCGCAUAGGGAUGAUGGCAGUAUAGCCUCAAGCAUCUGGAGGACCAUAAGUUGUGAAGAGCAUACUGACCAUGUGUGGCCCUGCAUGCAGUCUGAAGUUUUUUCAGCCUAGGCACAUUUUCCACCUUAAGUAAGAGCUAGACCUACCUCUGAUCAGGUGCCUAGUUGGUCACUCAGAAAUGCUUGACAGCAUUGUGUUCCAAGGGUAUUCUGUUCAUUUAUUAACCCUUAGGUCACUGGGAUUCACCUUACGUGCUGUAUGAGCAUUCAAGAGCUGAAAUGACACCACCUCUGUGAUGUCAUGUACCAUAUAAAGCUAUAGAAAGAAGUCUAGUUGUACAACUUUCAAAUGAAGGUUUUGUGAAGCCCUUUAAGUCUACCUCUUAAUUCCAAAAUACUUUAUGUGGGAAGUGUUUUCAUUUUUUCUAGUGUGUGCAUUGGCUUUUUGCACAAUAGAUUUUCAUAACACAUUUACUAAAUUUCCCAGUGUUCAAAUGUUGAAUAUUAAAGGGAAGGUGAUCACUGUUAGUAAUGUUUUAAACCUGUUUUCCCAUUUUAGAAACAUGUCACAGCUUUGUUCUUUGGAACAAGCUGACCUUUUAAGUAACUUGGGUUAUACAACACAACUUUCCUAUCAGCAGAUCCAGAAUUUGAAGAAAGCAUGAUCCAAGCUUGUUGGAAAGGUGUUCCUAUUGUUUGCGUACAUGUUUAAUUAGUGAGGAGAGUGCUUGUCAUUUAUUUGCUUUCUUAGCCGGCUCCUUUUAAAUGGCCUCCCUAUGUACUUUCCUACUCUGUCUAAUGUAAAGCACCUUAAACUUGGGGUUUUGUUGCAAGAGAUUGAAGCAGAUUCCUAUGCAAGUGUUCACAUCACAUGUUUGAAGUUGGUUCGGCUGCUGGUAUUAUCCCGUGCUCAUGGAAGCCAUUUUUCCAAAGCAUGCCUGUUUUUCUCUCUUGACAAAACCAGAAUCUGCACAUGAUCCUGAGUAGCAUGUUUGAGUGCAGGGAAGGAAAAACAACAACCCUUGUAUUGUAGUCCAUACAAAAAUAUGAUGCAAGACGGCAAGCCAGAGCAGUUAAAAGUAAAAUAAUUUUAAUUGGGCUGGGGGGGGGGUUCUCUUUCAUUGUGAGAUUUUUCAGAAAUAGAGCAAGUCCAUGGAAUGGUUAGUGUCUCUCUCUAGAUGCACGGGAACCCAAGGGGAAUAUAUUGCACAUGAUAGUCUAGGCUCCCCACAGAUGGAUGGGGAUGUAAGAAUGCAGGCGUGCUCCUGUGUAUACAUGUUCUCACUGUAUGGGCGAAAUCACUGAGCUAAUGAUAAUGUGUUCAAGGGAGCCUUAUUCUGCACCUGUCUCUGUGCCAGACGCGUUUCAUCCAUGAAACUUGGUUACAGUGAUUGUGGACUCUACAGAUUCAGCCACAGAGUUAGUUUGUACUUCUGUGUCUUGUAAGAGCAGAAUCGAGCCACAGCAAUGAGAUUUUAAUCAAUUUUAACAGUGGGAGUAUAAAGCUGGCUAUUGGGGGAGAUUUCAUUUCCAUAAAUUGGAUGAGAUAUUCCAUGAGAUUUUUUUUUGGGGGGGGGGAGGCAGGGAAAGGGUCUGGUUUGCCUUUUCCUGCCAUUUUUAUCAAACUACCUCAGGUCUUACACACUUUUUCAUGUUUUGACUUAAAGGUCUAAAAGCUCCCCUGGAUGAUUACUACACACCACCAACACUACACUAUGGAGAACUAUUAAAUCACAACAGCAGCUUUUCUAGAUUAGUUUGAUGCAAUUGCUGCAUGACUGAUUUUCUGUUUUGACUAAGAAAAAGUCAGGUUCUAGCACAUAGUUGGAGUGGUUUGUAUGUUCAGCCAAAUGCCUUUCACUCAAAGUAUGUCCUUACAUCGUAAGCUUGCUUUGGAUUUUACAUUAAUACAUUGUACAAGUAGUUUGUUGUACCUUUUUUAAAAAUAAAAAAAUGUCAAAACUACAAUUAAAGCAGAUAUUUGAACACUGCUUUCUUUCAGCGUGAUGCAUUUUGGGGGAGCUUCACUCAGACUUUUGUGUGUUUGUGCAUUGAAGCAAUGACCACUCUGCAUAUUCUCAUUGGACUGUCACAUCAGGUGUAGAUUUUAGUCAUUGUGAAGGCUGGAAUAAAAACUAUUGCAGAGACCCUUUCUGGUAUGUCAGGUUCUCACCAGAACUGAAUGGGCUCAGAUGUUUCAAUUCCCAUCUGAAAGCUUUCUUUCCCUAGCGUCAAGAAAUAUGCCCAAGAAGUAUGACUUAAAUCAAUAGGAACAAACUUUCAUUGAACAGGUAACUUUCUCUGUGGCAGGCUCAGCAGUUCAACGCCACUGCUUACAACUUUGAGCUCAUUUCCAAAAACAAGGCAUGCCAGACGAAUCUCAUUUCCCUUUUUGAUAAGAGUUACAAGCUUGGUGGAUGGGGUGGAAUGCUGUGGGCAGAGUUAUCUUGAUUUCAGUAAGGCUUUUGACAAAAUCCUGCAUUAUAUUCUUGCAGAGGAGCUGGCAAGAUGUGUACUGGAUGAGAUCAGGACCAGGUGUGCAGCCUGGGAGUCA